AACAAGGGCGGUGGCAUGGCAGCAUGGCCACACGCACUCCUAACCCUUAUGCUGCCAUCCCUCCUGCCAUUUCAACAAGGACGGGGGCAUGGCCACAUAUGAGAACACACGCUCCUACCCCUGGCUGGAGCCUACUGCACGCACGCAGCUCACUGAGACAUGUCCGAACCUUAGUGUUCUUCUUCUUCCCCCUUCCUACCCCAUUUGUCUGGAUCCUGAAUCCAUCUGAGACGUUUGGGAACAUCAUCAUCGACUACUCCUACGUGGAGUGCACGUCAGCAUCCAUCCAGGCCCUCACAGCGUUCACAAGAGCGCACCCGGAGUACCGUGCAGAUGACAUCGAGCAGGCCAUCUGGAAGGCGCGGGGCUUUUUGGUGGACAUUCAGAGGGACGACGGGUCGUGGUACGGCAGCUGGGGCGUGUGCUUCACGUACGGCACGUGGUUCGGGAUCUCAGGGCUGGUGGCCGCGGGGGCGCGCUACGAGACGUCGAAUGCCGUCCGCAAGGCCGUGCGCUUCCUGUUGGACAAGCAGCUACCGGCAGGGGGGUGGGGGGAGAGCUACCUGUCCAGCCAAGACAAGAAAUACGUCAACCUGCCAGGCGACCGCCCUCACCUGAUGAACACCGCGUGGGCCAUGCUGGCUCUCAUGGAAGCCGAGCAGCAUCUGCGCGACCCCCGGCCUCUGCACGCUGCAGCACGGGUGCUGGUGAACGGACAGAUGGAGAAUGGGGACUUUCCUCAGGAGGACAUCAUCGGGGUGUUCAACGGCAACUGCAUGAUAAGCUACUCCGCUUAUCGCAACAUCUUCCCCAUCUGGGCUCUUGGCGUGACCCCAGAGCGAGCGGCAGACGGAGGGGCAGCUGGGGGGGGCAGCACCACCCGAGGGAGCCUUGCAUCCAGGGGGACAGCAGGGGGUGAGAGCGGCACUCCAAAGCGAGCAGCAGUUUGGGGAACAGCCGGGAGGGGUAGGCGUGCCACAGGGCGCGCGACAAUCAGGGGGGCAGCCCGGGGUGAUAGCAGCACCCCAGGGCGUGCAGCAGGCAGCGGGACAGCCGGGGGUGAUAGCAACACCCCAGGGCGUGCAGCGGCCUGGGGGAGGGCCGGGGGUGAUAGCAGCAUCCCAGGGCGUGCAGCAGACAGGGGGACGACCGGGGGUACUAGCAGCACCCCAGGGCGUGCAGCAGGCAGGGGGGCAGCCCGGGGUGAUAGCAAUACCCCAGGACGUGCAGUAGGCAGGGGGGCAGCCGGGAGUGCCAGGAUCACCCCAGCGCGUGCAUCAUCCAGGGGGGCAGGUGGGGAUGAUAUCAGCACCACAGGCCUCACAACGGCUAGGAGUUCAGUUGGGGGUGACAGCAGCACCCCAGGACAUUCAUCAGUCGGGGGGGCAGCUGGGGGCGGGCACUGCAUCCCAUGGCGGGCAGCAGACGCUGGGGUGGCAGGGAGAGGUCACAUCACCUCAGGCUGCGCAGCAGCCAGGGUGGCAGCCGGGGGUCACUACUCCACCCUGCGGCGUGCAAAGGGGGCAGCCGGGGGAGGUAGCAACACCCAGGGCCAGGCGGCAGACGAGGGGGCGGGUGCACAGCAGCGAGGAGGGUUGCCGGGGGUGAUAGUAGGGGACUAUGAUAUGCAGCAGCUGGAAGGGCAGCCAGGGGUGGCCGCAGCAGACCAGGUCGUGCAGUGGCAAGGAGGAGGGUGUGAGCAGGGUACCGAAUCCCCGCGGCAAUUGGUGACGUUCGACACCCCCAUGGCGGCAGUAGAGGUGGCAGUGGCAUCGGAUGAGGGACACCAUGAGCUGCCUCCUCCGCUUCCCCGCUACCCAUGCGACGUGUGCUUUCACACAUUUGCUACUCGAGGGGCGGCUGCGAGCCACAUGACAGUGUGUCGAGCGGCUGAGGCGGAGAGGCGUGCAUAUGCACUUGGCUUAAUUCCUUCCCUCGCAAAAGAUGGCACACAGGAGAGACCGACAUUGAGGGAAAUCCAGGACGGGGUAUGGGCGGUGGUUUCGUCAUGGGAUUGGGAAGCAUUUUUCUGUGUGGAGGUGGUAGGGGGGAAGACGGUGUGUCGGAUCCCUCAGCGUGCCCAGCUGGGGGUCCUCGAUGCACUGCCUGCCGACCAAACCGGGGAUGGGUCAGAGGGCAUUGAUUAUGGAGCGUUUGACGGCGUUCUGGGAGGGGAGAUGGCGUGA